AUGCCGCUUGUCUUCGGCAUGUGCUGCUUGGACGUGCUGCUACCUGUCCUCGACUCUGCGCACUUGGACCCUGUGGUGCCACUGCAGGCUCUCGUCCAACCUGAUCCCACGCCACCUGUGUAUGGAAUGUCUUGCUCGGAACUCUCUCUCUUGGCGCCGGACAGCAUCUCUCUGGGAGUCCUGUUGUUCCUGCGAGGACUUGCCCGGACCGAGUCGACCUUGUCCGUGUUUGGGGUGUCGCGCUCAGAGGUCUCGUUGUCGGCCUUGGACCUUUCUGUCGUGGAGCCAGCGCUACCUCCACACGGCUACGCUUGUCUGGGCCUAUGCCUUUUCGUGUUUGGACUUUCGAAGCUUGAGCUGCCUUUGUUGGUCCCUGAUCUUGGCUUCGCUCGAACCGAUGCCAGCAUCUCGGCUUACGGCUUGACCUGCUCAGGCAUGACCAUGUUCGUCCCAGACUUCAUGCACCUAGGCAGCCUCCUGUCCUUGCAAGGGCAUCUACGAGCGGACUUGUUGCUGCUAGCCUAUGGCCUGACAAGGCCAGGCUCGCCACUGCCGGCCUUGGACCUCACCGAUCCUGGACCACUGCUGCUUCCUAGAUCAUUUGUUCACACUGAACCGACACCAUUACUGUUCGGCUUGCUGCGACUUGGCUUCAGCAUGCCGGCUUUGGACUAUCUAUGUCUGGGGUCCAUGAUGUUGCCCCGAAGCCUCGCACACAUGGAGUUGCUGCUUCCAGCCUAUGGUAUCUCUUGUCCAGGGACUCCUCUGCUGCUGCUGGACCCAGCGCAAAUGGAGUCGCCAACGAUGCUUCAUGGCCCUGUCUGCUUUGGCUUCCUGAUGUCUUCAUAUGGCAUUUCCCGGCUAGGCUUGUCACUGCUGAUCCCAGACCUUCUGAAUCUGGGCUUGAGCAUGUCGCUGCGGACAUCCUUGAGGAUUGGUCCCUUCACACUUGUAUGGGGUUCGUCGAAGCCAGAGUCCCUCUUGCCAGCGCUGGAGCCUGCACAGAUUGAGCCAAGCCUGCUCUUCAAGUCCUUUGCCUGCUCGGAUGUGUUUGCCUUCGCGUACGGUGUGCAGCGCCUGGGUGCAACGCCGCCGCCACUCGACCAUGUCAGCCCAGGACCGACACUGCCGCUGCGAAGCUCCAUGCGUCUCGGAGCUGCUCUGCCCGCCUAUGGCUGUAUGUGUUCCGGCAGCACAUUGUCUGCCCCUGACUUCACCAGCGCAGAGCUCCUGUCGCCCUUACACGCCCCUUUCCGGCCAGAGCUGAUCCUGCUUGUGUAUGGCAUGACACGACCCGGGUUGCCACCUUCUGUGCUGGACCUUGCACACACUGGGUCCCUGCUGCUGGCACGUACUCAUGCUUGCGUUGACUCCACUUUGCCUGCUUAUGGAUUGAGCCAUUCAGGGCCUUCGCCACCACCCCUGGACCUCGCUCACAUGGACGUCUCUUUGCUGCUGCACAGUUUUCUAUGCCCAGAGCCCUUGCUAUCGGCAUGGGGUGCGACCAGGCCAGGUCUCUUCCUGGCGAUUUUGGACCUGAUCCACAUGGGGCCGCCCCUUUCAUUGCCAGGGCCCUACGGAAGCAAGUCAACGUGGCAGUCAGCAGUCAUUGCACAUCAUGACAAGUCAGUUCAGGACACUCAGUCCAUGGGUCCCAUUGUGUUGCAUUUGUUUCGCAUUCUGUGGCUCAGGGACAACAUGAACAUGAAGCCGCCCUCAAACACCUGUUUGGCCAUAGCCAUGCCGGUCUUGGAAAUGGAAGGGAUGGUGGAAGAGGCGGCGGAUGAUGAGGACUAUGCCGACUAUGCCGAACCCGCAGAAUCUACAGCAUUCCUCCGACCACCUGUGAGGACCAGCUUAGCUGACCUCGUGCUGACUCCCAGACGGCGCUUUGGUCUUGGAGUCGUGCUGGGUGGUCUCAGCUUCGCUUUGCUAGUGACCCUCUUGGCAGCGGGGAGCUUUUCUUUCCACAAUGACAAGCGACCGAGCUCAAGGAAAAAGUUCCGGGUCGCCCUUUGGUCCGGCUCGGGCUCUUGCCAAAUGAUGGGCUGCGACAAUGACAACUACGUCGGCAGCUGCCAGUGCAACAAUGGAUGCACGUACUUCGAUGACUGCUGCCCUGACUAUCAGGAAGUGUGUGCAGCCAGAGGGCAAGACAAGCCUGAGGAGCUCCAUGUGCAGGCUUCGCAGGGCUCUUGCCAGUCCUUGGGCUGCGGCAGCGAUACGCUGGGCUGCGCCGGCCUUGCCAACUGUGCAAACCUCUGUCAGUGCGUGCCAUCCUGUCGGGAGACCGACACUUGCUGCCAUGACUUCGAGACGCUCUGUGUAAGUGGCCAAGAGGCCAACCACCAGGGUUUCUACGAUUUCCAUGAUGACGAAGCUGAUCUUGGGGAUGGCUUCGGGCAGAACGUACAGGAAGGCGAUGGCCACGGCGACACAGGCAUGCCUGUCGACCAAUCCCAGGAGGGCCGGCAGCCACGGCUCGACACGCAAGCAGAAACAACUUCUGCUCUCGCCACCGAGCCACCCGUAGAACGAACGGUGGCGCCCAGAACCACCAGCACAACGCGUGCGCCACCACCCCCACCACCACCACCACCACCACCACCACCGCCCAGAACCACCACCCAAGCAGCUACUACCCACCAAGCACCACCGGCGACCACCGCCGCAAGAACCCGAAGGCCCGUGGAACGUCCCGAAGCCCCGGAGCGAAACUACGAGGAGUCGUUCACUCCGCCUUCCCAAGACUCGGGCGGGGAUUUUGACUCCCGCAGGGACGCGAUGGUGGAGCUCCUGAAGUGGCAGCAGGUCAAGGCCUGCCCCGCGCAGCUACUAAAUCGGGACAUGAACAUGGGCGCCAUUGUGAACGUCGUCCCAGAUGUACCAACUGCAGGCCACUGCCAGAAGAUUUGCACCGAGAGUGAGUGUGAUGCCAGCGUGUGGGGAGCCGUCCGUGGUGUCGAGGGUCUGUCUGACGUCUGCUUCUUGAAGAGAGUCUCGGGAGCCCCAGUCUUCACGGAGAAGCAGGGCCUCAUCGCUGCGUUGCCCUGCUGUCGGCGUGGCCAGGACUUUCGGACUUGUCCGCCCCCUAUGAUGCACACCGAUGCCAUGACGGAGAGCGCCUUCACUCCGGUGGGAGGCAUCACAUCGGCCAGCAAGUGUCAGGAGAAGUGCACUUCGACAGAAGGCUGCAGUGUAUUCUCUUGGGGAGCUGUGCGGAACGUGGCUGGGCUGUCAGAUGUGUGCUUCAUGAAGAUGCUACAGCCGAACGAGAAAGUGAAGCUGGUAAGCAAGGCGGAGACCAUCGCAGGCCUCCCUUGCGGCUGUCGGACUCCACAUAGCCAGGCCUUGUGGCCACAAGACGAGGAACAGGUCUUCCGGAUGCCAAAGCCUCCCAGUCCACGUCCGGCCAGCCCGGGCAGCUGCUACUGCACAACGCUGAUGAGGGCAUACUCCUACGAAAUGGAGCUGAUCACCCGGCAGUACGAGCAGCGAUUGGGCAUUUUCGGGUGCACAGGUUUUGCUGUGUACAGCAACCAAGAGAUCGUUCUCACGGAGGGGCUCAUAACCAAGAAGGUUUCUACCUCGCAGAUGUGUGAGACGGGCGGGGAGUUCAAAACGGCUCUGAACCUCAGGAUCUUCGCUGCCUUCUGGAAACAACUCUUCGCUGAUGGCGACUUCCUCAACUAUAACUAUGUCAUCAAAGCAGAUGCUGACACAGUUUUUCUCUUCGCUCGGCUUCAACCUUUGCUCGUCAAGUACGACGACAGGGCGUCUGGCUUCGACGGCAGAGGUGUUUACUUCAACAACUGCAAGUUCGGCAUGCACGGGCCGCUGGAAGUCUUCUCUCAAAAUGCAGUGCUUGCUCUUUGGGGUCUGUUUGAGACCUGCUACUACUAUUUCAUCGACUUGUGCAGCGGCGACUGCAAUUGGGGAGAGGAUCUCUGGUGCGACCAGUGCCUGAAGAGGAAGGCCAACAAGACCAUUGACCGAGUGAACCUCUAUGACCUCCUCCAAGAGCGCCAUUGCGACCCGCCUCGACAUUGGGAGUCCUGCAGGGACCCUGAUGUUGUGGCUUUCCAUCCCUUCAAAUCCGUGGAAAAAUGGUUUGCCUGCCACGCAAACACCCUGUAG